GCCAGAUCCGCAUCACACAUCAAAGUGGCAACUCCCACUCUCUGCGUCACUACACAUCGAAUCCGAGUCUGAGUCACCCUCAUUUCGAGUGGCCAUCUGUCAACAUGUCAAUAUCCAACGAGGCGCUGCAGAAGCUGGUGAGGGAGAUCGAGUCGCAGGCCGCCGCCGCCCAGCAGCAGAUCAGCCUGGUGCGCACCCAGACUGCCAGCAAGCAGCGCGAGAUGCGCCUGGCCCAGUUGACGCGCAGCGAGAUCGCAGCGCUGCCGUCCGACACAGCCAUCUACGAGGGUGUUGGGAAGAUGUUUGUCGCUAUACCCGUCCCGACUCUGCAGGACAAGUUGGGCUCGCAGAUCAAGGGGAUCGAGACCGAGGUGGAGGCGAUGGGCAAGCGGCUCCAUUACUUGGAGACGACGGCCAAGAAUAGCCAGGACCACAUCGAAAAGAUGCUCAGGGGUUCUGGGCAGCAGUGAUGCUCCGGGUCGAGGCAUGGGUUACGCUUGGGUACUGGGCUGGGGUUACAGGGCACGAAAGCCAAGGCAUGGCGUGGCCCGGGAGGGGUGCCGGAGAGGUGAAUUGGGAUGUUGUCCUUCUCGGUUGUCAGCUCGCUCGGGUAUCGCGGGAUAAGGCAGUAAAUAGCUCCAUAUCAGUCUCGCCAUGAAAAAUCGAAAUCGGUGAUUUGGGUAGGUUGCACCAGACUCAACAUCGCAUCCCCAGACCUGAGCCAUCCAAUCUUGAGC